UGUCCUUCUACGGCUACAUGGUCAAGAAAUUUGCCGAAGGUGUUAUUCUUUGCUGACAAUUCGUGGCUUUACCUACGUUCGAGAUCGCGUUUUCGGAGGCUCAAGUUUAAUCGGUAAGAAAGUUUAGAAUCCGGCUUUGUCGUGGGUGUUUCUUUGGCAGUGAUUUUGUGUGCCGGGUGGAAAAAGUGAUAAGAUAGCUGCAAGUUUUUGACGAAUAUUCGGUUAGCACGCAUUUGAAAGGAAUCGCAAAGUUUGCAGCUGCCAAAAAAAACCGAGCUCAAUUGAAGUCAAUUAGCUGACCUUUUCCACGGUUGUCUGCCGCUGGUCUGGAAGAUAUUUUGAAGUGCAUCCAAAAAAGCUCAGCUGAUCCCGAACUGUUCUAGGGCAGCGCUAAAUUAACAACAAGCAACACUACAGCGGCUUCUAGUUCCGAACGUCGUCGAUUUAGUUGGAAAGUUCCUUCCAAGGUGUCCGUGAGCAGUAAAGUCGAUUUAGUAUCGCAAAGUCUCGGUUCGAGCCGGUUUCCCCCCGUUUAUUUUGGUUCAAAAACCCGGUCCAACAGUUCCAAAUCAGAGGUUUCGUCGUGCGGUUGCCUCUGAACUUGAAUUCAAAAUUAAGCUCCAUAUCGCGGAACGUGCCCGACGCCAGCAAAGUUCUCCUCAAAAGGUGACACGUAAGCCAAACCGGUGUGUUUUUGCGUCUCAACUCACGCGGCGGCGAAGAAAGUGGAAAGUUCAUUGUCGUGCACCUUUGCCUGGUCGAAAAAUUUCAACUCCUGAAUAGUUUGGUCGAAAAUAAAGCCAAGAAAAUUCGUCGCUUUGUGGCGAAAAAAGUAAGGUGAUUGUUGGUUACAUAAAAGUUCGAUCGGUACAUACACAUAGUCGAACUAGUGAAGCAGUUACUAGUUGACUAAUAUACCCAGCAGAACAGCAACAACAGCAGCAAACAUCAACAGAACCGGCUGUCACGACUUGACGAAUUCGUUCCCGACAACAACAACGGGACAAUAAGCGAACCGUGAACGAAGACACGUUCAAUAUCAUUGGACACAGCUACACGUCUACGGGAAGCCGCCAUGAGUAAGCUGAUCCGCCAGGUGUCGAUCGAAACACCGCAAUCCAAAAUCAAAGAUUGCGUGAUCAAUCAGGUAGUGCCAGUGCCGGAUACGCCGCCCAAUGGAGCCCGUAUCCUGGUCGUCUACGCGGGUGCCUGCUACCGGAAGAACCAGUCGUCCUCGAUCUCGUCCAUCAGCAGUCAGCUUUCGGACACCGGUGACAUUACCACAUCGCUUCACAUGCUUGCCAAACAAAUGCAAAGUGGUAACUUCUCCAGUAUUAGCGAGGAAGGUCCGGAAAAUACUCCAGCCCAAGCUCAUCAGACCUCGGUGGCCAUUCAGCACAAUCCAGCCUCCCAUCACGGAGUCCGGGACGGUGCCCUCUUUCCCGGGUUUGAAGUUGCCGGCGUUAUCGAAUCGCUCGGAAGCGAACUGACAGAAGACUGCGGCUUCAAAGUGGGCCAACGGGUCAUCCUGUACCCAUACGAGGGCGUCCCGGCUGGCUACUCGGAGCUGAUGGUCGUUCCAGAUCUGCAAUAUCUGAUUCCUAUUCCCGAAUCCCUGUCGCUCAGCUUGGCUGCAACGUUACCUACCGGAGCUCUGCUGGCUCAGAGCGCUAUCAUCUCAGCGCACAAGAUCGUGGACGAUCUGCUGAAGAAACGACCAAACGAAAAGGUGAAAAUCCUCAUCGUCGGCACCGGUGGAUUGGCCCUCUGGGCCAUCCGAAUUGCGGCACAACACUUCUACGGUGCGGGCACUAAAGACAAAAUCCAGAUCACCGUAGCCAGCCUUCGGGACGAAGGUUUCGUACUGGCACAAAAAUGUGAAAAAGUUAACGUAGUCCAGUGGAACGAGGAUCUGUACGAGAAGCAGCUGAUCGAGCGUACCCACGACGCUUGCGAGGGUCUGGUGGACAUUGUGAUCGAUUUCGGGACAACGUCGCGUAGCUUGCACCGGUCGAUGCAGUGCCUAACCAAGGGAGGGCACGUGUUCAUUAGCGACGAAAUUGCCGAGAAGCUGCUGGUGCGGUACGCCAAACGGGCGGAGGAACGUGGCGUCUUUAUUGAGGUGGUGCCGACCGGAACCAUCGAGGAGCUGCACGAUGUGGUCAGACUGGUGGCCAACAAUGAGAUUGAACCCCCGCCACACACAGUAUUCCCGUCGGACCAGGCCGCCGAAGUGGUACGCAAGCUGGCCAGCUCGGAGAUUCCCGGACGUGCCAUCCUUAAAUUCCAUGAUAUCGAGUAAAGAGUGUAGUACUCGGUUUUCGUAAAAUAACACCCCAUCCUGAAUUGACAUAUUAGUCGUCUCAUCAUAUACAUUCAAUGUGGAAGAUGUAUCUGAUUUGAAAUAGGUUUGACAAACUACCAUCCUUUCACGGACAAAAACAGAAAAAAAUAUCUAAAUUAUUAAUCGUAAAGAAGAAGAGAAACCGUUACUCUGCUAGGCUCGGUUGAAGUGAGGUGAGACAACAUUAGUAAAACAUUACAAAAAACUAUAUAAUUUUAAUGAAAUUGUACAAGCAAAUUCGAGGAUAGGAAAAACAAGAGUCAAGCAUCACUAGAAGGUGCUAGUGACAAGUGCCGGCUGUGGAAGGGAAAUGGCACAACUUAAACGCUUAGCCAUUCUCAUUUCAAAACGUGACGCGCCGAUUUUUACCGGAACCGAUUGAAGAUGUUGGGGAAGUUCCAUGAUUGAACCAGCUGAAAGCUACAGAAUUGAAGGAAAAAAUCGCUGUAUAACAAACACUUACCCAAUAAGAAUUGAGACAAAAACCAAAAUUACACUAAACAACUCUAUAAAUGUAUAGUUUAACCUUUUUAAGCUAACCAAGCAAAAUGAGUAACUUCAUUCAUUACACGAGUAGAAGCAAUCGAAGCCAAUUGGUGAAACCUUUUUUUUCUGUAAACCUAAUUUAUGUAUAGCGACUAGAUUUCUUUCCAACAUUACCAACAAGAUAAGCAGCAAAAUCAAAGAUCCUAAUCGGGACGGUUCGUUGUGUAUUUACAGUCAAAAUUAGACAGGAAAAAAGUAACACUCAAGUGAUCAAUCUUCAGGAGUCUACUCGUAGACUAAAAAGCUAAAAACAGUACCACUAAAUAGUAAUCAAUUCAAUUAUCAACAAACACAAGAACAGGCUCCAGAACGAGAAGAAGAGAGAAAGUAAGAGUAAGGCCAUGAUUUAUUUCAUGACAAAUAUGCUAGCAGAAUGGUUUCCCAAAAGAUGAAUUUAAAUUUAUGUACAAAAUAUUAAGUUAAACAACUCAUUUUCCAAACCUUCAGACAGUGAGAAUUGACAAACUGAAAACGAGAACAAUUGUACUUUGUUGUUUCAUUAAAACCACUAAUCGGAAUCUUUUACUACGGAGAAAAGAUUGUAAAACCUUGUGAUUUAGUUUGAUUGCUUCUCGAGCGCCCCCGUAAUGGGGAAGAAGUAAAUGUGAACGUCAGAAACAACGAACAACUCGAGACACGUUUCAAUCAGACGAUUUUUGUUGUAAUUUAUUGCCCUUUUAAAAAUCCGUACUAAAUUUCAACUAGUUAGUUUCCUGUUUCUUUUUUCAAAAUAUGUAAUAACCGAACGGAUCAGGACAGGCAAAUCAGUUUACGGUAAAACAUUGCUCUUCACAAAAGGGUGUUAGUGAAGAUGUUUCGCUGAAGAAAAUCUAUGAGAAGAAAAAUGAAAACUAGGCGAUGAUGUGUUUUAGGAUUAAUUUACACUUAAUUAUAGCUUAAACACAGUUUAGCGCAAGAGGAGCGAGGAAAGUGGAUUGAUGGAGAAGGAAAAGUAAAAUAAAUUAAACGAAUGAAAAUAAAAACAUAAACAUUGGCAUGAUGUGUAUUAUUGAAAAUAAACAAAAAAAAACAAGCAAAAAUAAAGAACUGUAUAAGAGUUUCAAAGAUAAAAU